UGGGAGAGAACAGGGAGGGCCAGGGAGACGGGCGUGUGUGCCUGCGCACCUGAUCUGCUCAGGGCAAAUGCAGAGCAAACUGGCUUCAGGGAAGUCGCCUUGACCCAGGAGCGGCAGGAGUCGUCUGCAGGCACACGCAGGGGCGCCCUGACCCAGCUGAGGUGGAGUGAGUCUCCUUCACCCAGGUCCCAGUCGGGGCCAUUGAGGGGACCCUGGCUGUGUUUGAGCUGGGGGGUGCGAGAGAAGGAAGAGUGUGCGUUGUUGUCUGGAUUCCCUUAGUGUCUGAGGCUCCCUCAGGCAAUACAAUUCCACCUUUCUCGAGCGAAGAGCCCUUGCCUUGGAACCAGGCAGGCAGAUCCGGUCAGAGGUUUGGCCUUUUUUGCGGCUGCUGAUUCAGGGGAAGGAGCCUCCACACUUCCGUCCUGUGGUCCAGGUCCCUACAAGCCGCCGCAGGGGGCAGCUGGGGACCCGUCCGUCUGGGUGCUUGCAAACAAGCAGCUUAGCUCCUCCGGGCCGGCAUCCAGCGCUUCCGUUCCCAGCCUCAGGGCAUGGCUGCUGAGAGGCCAGAGAGAGCCAGGGGGGAGAAAGAGGGAGGCCAGAACAACAACGAGGAGGAGGAGAAGGAGAAGGAGGAGACAAAUGUGUUCCUGCCCUGGGAAGACAACUGGAGACCCUGGCCGAAAGCCCGGCGCAAGGUGCACGGUUGCCUGGAGUACUUCAAGCGGCAGCUCUUCCGGGUCGGGGACGAUUGGUAUUACCUCUUUGCCCUGGGCGUCCUCAUGGCGCUGGUCAGCUUUGCCAUGGACUUCACCGUCUCCAGAGUGGCCAGCGCGCACCUGUGGCUUUACCAAGAGGUCGGAGACUACCCCGUGCUGAAGUUCCUCUCCUGGACCAUGUAUCCGGUCGCGCUCUCGGCUUUUUCCACGGGCUUUGCCCAAAGCAUUACCCAGCACGCCGGAGGUGGAGAACCGCUGCCCUACCUGGAUGAUGUUGCUGCUGGAAUUCUUCGAGUCGACGCUGACCGAGAUGGAGAAGAAAGGGGCUCUGGCAUCCCAGAACUCAAGACCAUCCUGACCGGCGUCAUCCUGGAGGAAUACCUGGCCAUUGAGAACUUUGGGGCCAAAGUCGUGGGGCUGACCUGCACGCUGGCCUGCGGGAGCACCCUCUUCCUCGGAAAAGUGGGACCCUUCGUUCACCUCUCCAGCAUGAUCGCCGCCUACCUGGGCAAGAUCCGGACCAGCGUUUCUGGGGAGUACGAGAAUAAGAGCAAGCAGAACGAGAUGCUGGUGGCAGGAGCGGCCGUGGGUGUGGCCACCGUCUUUGGGGCACCCAUCAGCGGGGUCCUCUUCAGCAUCGAGGUCGUGUCCUCCCACUUCGCCGUUCGGGACUACUGGAGGGGCUUCUUCUCGGCAACGUGCGGCGCCUUCAUGUUCCGCCUCUUGGCCGUCUUCAAUAGUGAACAAGAAACCAUCACGGCCCUCUUUAAGACCAGCUUUAAGAUUGAUUUCCCCUUCGACCUGCCGGAGACCAUUUUCUUCACCUGCCUGGGUGUGAUCUGCGGUGUGCUGAGCUGUGCCUACCUCUUCUGCCAGCGCUGGUUCCUGGGCUACGUCCGGAGGAACCGCUUCUCGGCCAGGCUGUUGGCCACCGAGAAGCCCCUCUACUCGGUGCUAGUGGCCUUCCUGCUGUCCUCCAUCACCUUCCCUCCUAGCCUGGGACAACUCAUGGCCUGCAGGCUGAGCAUGAAAGAGCUGCUCACCUCCCUGCUGGAUAACCGCACCUGGAGUGUCCUUUCCCAGAACGUGUCACUUGACAGCCCUCCGCAGGUGGACCCCCUCAACCUGUGGCAGGAGUGGUGGCACCCCAGCAUCUCCGUUUUCGGCACCUUGUCUGUCUUCCUGGUGAUGAAGUUCUGGAUGCUGGUCUUGGCCACCACCAUGCCCAUGCCCGCUGGGUACUUCAUGCCCGUCUUCAUUUACGGAGCUGCCAUUGGCCGCUUGGUGGGCGAAGCCGUGGCCCUCCUCUUCCCCGGGGGCAUCACUGCCGAAGGGACCCCCAGCCCCAUCAUCCCUGGGGCGUACGCGCUGGCAGGGGCUGCUGCCUUCUCUGGCUCGGUCACCCACACCCUCUCCACCGCCUUGCUGGCCUUUGAGAUGACCGGGCAGAUCGCCCACAUCCUGCCUGUCCUGCUGGCCGUCCUGGUGGCCAACGCCAUUGCCCAGAAGUUCCAGCCUUCUUUUUACGAUGGCACCAUCAUUGUCAAGAAGCUACCUUACCUUCCCCGCAUCCGGAGCAGGCAUAUCGAGUCUUACACGGUCACCACCCGAGAGUUCAUGAACACCGAUUUUGCCAUGCUGGCCCAAGAAGCCACCUUUCACGACAUCCUCCAGGUGGUCACCAUGACGGAUGCGCAGGAGUAUCCUGUGGUAGACAAUGCUGAGUCUCAGAUGCUGCUGGGGGCGAUCCAGCGGUCCAGUCUCAUCCAGUUUCUCCAGAGCCACGAGGAUUCCAGCCUGCCGCAGGAGAAGCCGGGGAAAGAGCUUCUCUCGGGCCAGACUCUGAAAGAGGGGUGCACCAUCAGUCCGGUGAGCCUGCAGCUCUCCCCGUGGACAUCUCUGCACCAGGCCCACAACCUCUUUGAGAUGCUGAACCUCCAGCGGGCGUUCGUCACCCAGCUGGGGACAGUGGUGGGGAUCGUGACCAGGAGGGAGCUCCGGAAAGCCAUCGAAGAGCUGGCCAAUCCCAAAGCCGGGCGAUAACGGAGCCAGCGGGAGGAGCGUGCCGGAGAGGUGAAGCCAUAGGAGGCGCAUCCAUCCUGGCGGUGGCUUCAGCAACUGACCUUUAAAUUAUGCUUUGCCCUGCUAACCUUUGUCACGUCCUCACGGCUGUUGUGACUUUGCGUCUUCGUGCUUAGCUAUCUGUACCACGUGCACAGUCUCCCAAAUGUAUUGUUUGACCCCGGA